GGCUCGAGCGCGAAAAAAAAAGUGCACAACUGUGCUCGCGCCGCACUCUACGAGUCAGGCAUUAGAACAAAAAUAAAAACAAACAGCGCGCGCGCGUUGCACUAAAUUUUCAGUGACUUUAGGAAUUAACACUUUGGCAAAGUUUAGUCGAGUGUGUAGCGUGAGAGGAUGGCGUCCGGUGCGCGCUCGGGGAGGACCAACCCGCGAGGGCGAGCGACUCAACCUGCGACUACCGGAGACAGCAUCCGGGACUUACAGCAAAAGCUGAAGGAAGAGCGCGAGGCGAAACGAGCUCGGCUGGAUGGCAGACAUGACUACGUGCUGAGUAUCGUGGCUUCCUGCAUAGGCCUGGAGAAGGCGGAGGUGGAGGAUGCCAUUUUGGAAGGCGCUCAGAUUGACCGGAUGGAGCAAUUCUUUGCUGUUGAUGGUCUUCCACACCUCAUGUUUUAUUAUCAAGACACAGAGUCCACAGAAUCAGCUGUUGCGUCCCCUGCGAUCCGCAGCAAGAAAGCGAAAGUGUUUGUGACAGAGGGCACUGAUGUCGCUCUGACCGGUGUGUGUGUUUUCUUCACCCGGGCGAGUACCUCCAAGGCCAUCACUGCCGAGAACAUCCAUAGGGAUGUGAACUUCAACAUGUUGGACACAACUGGAGUGGGUUUGCUGAAGAGUGUGGAGCAGCUGCUGUCCGAGAUCUUCAUCCCCACACUGAGGAAGAUGAACCAUGGCUGGGGCGAGCUGUCCAGCCCUCAGGCUCAUUCGGUUAAACAGGAUUUUAUCAGCUCUCUAGAGAGCUUCGUCUCUGUGCUCGCUGGGGCACAGGAGAGCCUGGAGGAGAAGGUGAACCUCAAAGAGUGUGACACCUUUGAUCUGAAAAUCCUUAAAGGCCCCUCAGACUACAUAGCAGUGGCCAACAGCACUGAAGCUAUGGAGAAGAUUGAAGCCUGUAUGAAGGUCUGGAUCAAGCAGAUCGAGCAGGUUCUAGCAGAAAGUGACCAGCUAAGGAAGGAGGCUGAUGACCUGGGUCCUCGAGCCGAGCUGGACCACUGGAAGAAGCGCAUGUCUCGCUUUAACUACCUUCUGGACCAGCUUAAGAGCCCCAGUGUCAAAGCUGUGCUGGGCGUCCUCAUGAUGGCCAAGUCCAAACUCAUCAAGGGUUGGAGGGAACUGGACAUCAGGAUCACAGAUUCAGCAAACGAGGCCAAGGACAAUGUGAAGUAUCUCUACACCCUCGAGAGGUUCUGUGACCCCCUCUAUAACAGUGACCCUGUGUCAAUGGUGGAGGCCAUUCCUGGGCUCAUAAAUGCCAUACGGAUGAUUCACAGCAUCUCCCGUUAUUACAACACCUCAGAGAAGAUCACAUCCCUGUUUGUUAAAGUCACAAAUCAGAUGAUAACAGCCUGCAAGGCCUACAUCACUAACAAUGGUUCAGCCACAAUAUGGGACCAGCCUCAGGAUGUGGUAGCAGAGAAGCUCCGAGCUGCCAUUCGUCUAAACCAGGAAUACCAGAAAUAUUUCCACAAGACCAAGCAGAAGCUGGAGCAGAGCACAACAGAGCGACAGUUUGACUUCAGCGAGAUGUACAUAUUUGGCAAGUUUGACACUUUCCAGAGGCGCCUGAACAAAAUACUCACCAUGUUCAGCACCAUCAAUACCUACUCAGCCCUGCAGGACUCCAAGAUCGAGGGUCUGGAAACAAUGGCGACCAGAUUUCAGACUGCAGAAAUGCAAGGAAAAUGGGAGAAUAUCGUGCUUGCGAUGAAAAAUAAGCAGUACAAUUUCCUGGACCAGAGGAGGACUGAUUUUGAUCAGGACUAUGAGGAGUUCUGUAGACAGACCACUGAGCUGCAUAAUCAACUCAAGAUGUUCAUGGACAACACAUUUGACAAAAUUCAAAGUACUGAGAGAGCCUUGAAUGUUCUGAAGAAAUUUGAAAGACUGGGCAUCCCAGACCUUGGCAUCAGUGAAAAGUACCAGAGGGUCCUGCAGAACUAUGGCCGUGACAUUGAGAUGGUGUCACGCAUCUACAGCAAGCAGAAGAUGGAGCCUCCCAUCGCUCGAGGCCUCCCUCCCAUCGCAGGGAAGAUCCUUUGGGCUCGGCAGCUGUACCGGAGAAUCCAGGAACCCAUGGAGCUCUUCCAGCAGCACACAGGCGUCCUUGCUACAGCCGAGGCCAAACGCAUCAUACGCAACUACAACCGCGUGGCCAAAGUGCUGCUGGAGUUUGAGGUGCUUUACCACCGGGGCUGGAUGGCGCAGAUCGAGGUGGCUAAAGCGGGCCUGCAGGCCUCUCUGCUGGUCAAGUGUGCAGAAAGCCGGGAGUUGUAUGUGAACUUUGACCCCCAGAUUUUGACCCAGAUCCGCGAGACAGACUGCAUGAGCCGGAUGGGGCUGGAGAUCCCACCAUUCGCCACCGUCUUACAGCAGCGACAGGAUGUCCUGAAACAGAACUACAACAAACUCCAGAUGGUACUAUCUGAGAACUCCAGAGUGAGGGCGAAGAUCCAGCCUGCUUUUGAGCAGCUGCUCACUCUGCAUGUGGCCAAAGUGGACGAAGCCAUCCAGCCAGGCCUGACCUCACUCAACUGGGCGUCGCUAAACAUCGACAAAUACCUUGACCGCAUCACCAUUGCCCUCGAGGACUUGGAGCUGCUCCUGGAUCGGGUGAAUGAUCUGGUGCAGUUCAGGAUUGACGCUGUGCUGCAGGAGAUGAGCGGAGCCACACUGUGUGCACUGCCUGAGGAUGAGCCUGUCACAAGUGAGGAAUUUGUACAAACCACCAAGGAGCUUUGCAUUAAAGGAGCCCAGCUGCUACACACAAAGAGUUCUCUGGUAGAGGAGGCAGCCAAUGAGCUGAUAAACAUGCUGCUGGAAAUCGAGCAGAAAGAUGAAGAGGAUGAGAAGAAGGGCGCAGACGAGAACCGAGCUGAGAGCAAAGAGGGACCCGCAGACAGCGAUGAAGAGGAGAGUAAAUCUGACACGCACGCGUGUUCCCGUAACACAGCCACCCUUAGCGCAGGACCUUCCUCGCCUUUGGUGAGGAAGAAGAGGAAGAAACACAUGAUGGAGGUCAUGGAGGAAGAGGCUCAGGAGCUUCUGUCGCACUUCAGCCACCGGAACUUGGAUGCGCUGCUCCGACUGACGCGCAACACACUGGAGGCACUGCGCAAACGCAUCCACGCUUCCUCACUCAUGCACUUUCUGGCAGAGCCUGAUUCUACUAGCAGACAGAAGAGCGGCGGGCAGCAGCCCAUCUUCCGAGCGGGAGUGUGUCUCUCCAUCCCCAACAUUGUCAUGAUGCCGGCUUUGGAAGAGAUCCAGCAGGCGUUAAAUAAAGCCGUAGAGUGUGUAGUCAGUGUCAGCAAGGGUGUCGGCCAAUGGAGCAAGGAGAGAAUAUCCAAGAAGAAGAUGAGUGAAAGGCGUAUGGCAGCUCUGCGGCAGGACAGCAGAGAAAGCGACUCUGAGGACGGAGAGACAGCGCACCACAGCUUAGCCGACGGCAGUGCUUCAGAUGUCUCGGCUUGCAAUAACCAGGCUGUUCCUGUCCAAACGAAAAACUACUACAAGAGCGUCUCUGAAAACAAGGAGAUCAUCAAGCUGGUGACUGUCCUCAGCACGUCCAUCAACUCCAGCAAGAAGGACGUGAUGAAUGCCUUCGAGCGCUUCGGCCGAUAUCAUCACAUCUGGAGGAAGGACAGAGAGAGCACCAUCCAGAUGUUUGUGCAGGGAAACCCUCUGCUGGCCGAAUUUGAGUCUCAGAUCCUCUACUACCGAGACCUGGAGCUGCAAAUUAACGCCGUACCCGAGUUUAUCACUGUGGGGGCGCUGGCUUUAUACACAGCUGAUCUAAAGUUAGCCCUCACGGCCGAGACCAAGUGCUGGAUCGUGGACUUUGGCCGCCACUGCAACAGGAAACACCGCAGUGAGAUGGAGCAGAUCCUGGCGUUCGUAGACGAGGCCGGCAAAAAGCUGCACCGGCAAAUCAAAGACCUGGAUGACAUCCGCAUCGCCAUGGCAGCGCUCAAGGAAAUCAGAGAGCAUCAGAUCUCCAUCGACUUCCAAGUUAGCCCCAUUGAGGAGUCCUACGCCAUGCUGAAUAAGUACGAGCUCUCGGUGGCGAAGGAGGAGACGGAGAAGGUGGACACGCUGCGGUACGCCUGGGAGAAGCUGCUGACCCGGAGUGCUGAAGUACAGAACGAGCUCGUUUCUUUGCAGCCCAAAUUCCGGGAGGAGCUCGUCAGCAACGUGCGGACGUUUGUAGACGACUGUCAACACUUCUAUGGUGACUACGAUAAGGAUGGACCCAUGGUGGUGGGUUUGGCUCCCCAGGAAGCCAGUGACAGACUCAUUAUGUUUCAGAACCGCUUUGACAACCUCUACCGCAAAUACAUCACCUUCACCGGUGGGGAGGAGCUCUUUGGCCUGCCUGUUACCCAGCAUCCUCAGCUGCUGGAGAUUAAAAAGCAACUGGCACUGCUGCAGAAGCUCUACGGCCUCUACAACAACGUCAUCGACACCGUCAACGGCUAUUACGACAUCCACUGGGCCGACGUUCACAUCGAGAAAAUCAACAACGAGCUCCUGGACUUUCAGGCAAGAUGCCGUAAGCUGCCUCGUGCCCUAAAGGAAUGGCAGGCCUUUUUGGACCUCAAAAAGACCAUCGAUGAGUUCAGUGAGUGCUGCCCACUCCUGGAGCUCAUGGCUGACCGUGCCAUGAUGACGCGCCACUGGAAACGGAUCACCGAGCUUACGGGCCAUACCUUCGAGGUGGAAUCUGACGCCUUCAAGCUGCGUAACAUUAUGGAGGCACCUCUGCUCAAGUAUAAAGAAGAAAUCGAAGAUAUCUGCAUUAGCGCCGUGAAAGAGCGAGACAUUGAGCAGAAACUGAAGCAGGUGAUCGCCGAGUGGGACAACAAAAUGUUCACGUUUGCGCAGUUUAAAAGCCGUGGAGAGCUGCUGCUGCGUGGAGAUAGCACUUCUGAAAUCAUUAGUAGCAUGGAGGACAGCCUCAUGGUCCUGGGAUCACUCAUGAGCAACAGAUACAACACUCCAUUUAAGGCUCAGAUCCAGAAAUGGGUGCAGAAUUUGUCCAAUACCACUGAUAUCAUUGAGAACUGGAUGACGGUGCAGAACCUCUGGAUCUACCUGGAGGCUGUGUUUGUGGGCGGAGAUAUAGCCAAGCAGCUUCCCAAGGAGGCCAAGCGUUUCUCUAACAUCGAUAAAUCCUGGGUGAAGAUCAUGACACGGGCGCACGAGAUGCCCAACGUGGUGCAGUCAUGUGUAGGUGAUGAGACGAUGGGUCAGCUUCUUCCUCAUCUGCUCGAGCAACUUGAGAUGUGCCAGAAAUCCCUCACUGGGUAUCUGGAGAAGAAGCGUCUGCUGUUCCCUCGUUUUUUCUUCGUGUCUGAUCCAGCUCUUCUGGAGAUCCUGGGCCAGGCGUCUGAUUCUCACACCAUCCAGGCUCACCUGCUUAAUGUCUUCGACAACAUCAAAUCCGUCCGCUUUCAUGAUAAGAUAUAUGAUCGUAUCCUGGCCAUCUCGUCACGUGAGGGUGAGACGGUGGAGCUGGACCGGCCCAUCACCGCCGAGGGCAAUGUGGAGGUGUGGCUUAACGCCCUCCUGAUCGAAUCCCAGAGGUCUUUGCACCUCAUCAUCCGUCAAGCGGCCCUGGCAAUCCAAGACCCCGCCUUCCAUCUGAUUGACUUUAUGAAUUCCUUCCCUGCACAGGUGGGUUUGUUAGGAAUCCAGAUGAUCUGGACACGAGAUUCAGAAGAAGCUUUGACUAAUGCCCGUUAUGACCGUAAAAUUAUGGCCAAAACCAAUCAGUCCUUCCUGGAUCUCCUUAACACGCUCAUUGACAUGACCACCAAGGACCUGAGCACAAUGGAUCGGACUAAAUACGAAACCCUAAUCACCAUCCACGUCCAUCAGAGGGACAUCUUCGACGACUUGUGUCGUUUGCACAUCAAAAGCCCCACAGACUUCGAAUGGCUGAAGCAGUGUCGUUUCUACUUCAACGAUGAUUCAGACAAGAUGCUGAUCAACAUCACAGAUGUGGACUUUGUUUAUCAGAACGAGUUUUUAGGCUGCACUGACAGGCUGGUCAUUACUCCAUUAACAGACAGGUGCUACAUUACUUUAGCGCAGGCUUUGGGGAUGAGUAUGGGUGGAGCUCCAGCUGGGCCAGCUGGAACUGGAAAGACAGAGACAACCAAAGACAUGGGCCGCUGUCUGGGAAAGUACGUGGUGGUCUUCAACUGCUCUGACCAGAUGGACUUCCGAGGUCUUGGCAGGAUAUAUAAAGGUCUCGCUCAGUCAGGUUCAUGGGGUUGCUUUGACGAAUUCAACCGCAUCGAGCUGCCGGUGUUGUCUGUUGCAGCACAGCAGAUCUCCAUCAUCCUCACAUGCAAGAAGGAGCGAAGAAAGAGCUUCAUCUUUACUGAUGGAGACUCAGUGGAAAUGAACCCUGAGUUCGGCCUCUUCCUCACCAUGAACCCUGGCUAUGCGGGUCGUCAGGAACUCCCAGAGAACCUGAAGAUCAACUUCCGCUCAGUAGCCAUGAUGGUUCCUGAUCGGCAGAUCAUCAUCCGGGUGAAACUGGCCAGCUGUGGCUUUAUCGACAACAUCGAGCUGGCCAGGAAGUUCUUCACCCUGUAUAAACUGUGUGAGGAGCAGCUCUCCAAACAGGUUCACUACGACUUUGGUCUGAGGAACAUUCUGUCUGUCCUGCGCACUCUGGGCGCGGCCAAGCGCGCCAACCCCAGCGACACCGAGUCCACCAUCGUCAUGAGGGUGCUGCGGGAUAUGAACCUGUCCAAACUCAUUGAUGAAGAUGAGCCGCUUUUUCUGAGCCUGAUUGAAGACCUUUUCCCCGGAAUACAACUGGACAAGGCGGGAUACCCUCAGCUGGAAUCGGCCAUAGAUAAACAGGUCACAGAGGCUGGUCUUAUUAAUCACCCUCCCUGGAGGCUAAAAGUGAUCCAGCUGUUUGAGACACAGCUCGUGCGUCAUGGCAUGAUGGCAUUGGGUCCGAGCGGAGCAGGAAAAACCACAUGCAUCCACACACUCAUGAAAGCCAUGACGGAUUGCGGUCAGCCUCACAGAGAGAUGAGAAUGAACCCGAAAGCCAUUACGGCGGCGCAGAUGUUCGGCCGACUCGACGUUGCCACAAACGACUGGACUGACGGCAUUUUCUCCACCCUCUGGAGAAAGACACUGAAAGCCAAAAAAGGUGAACAUGUCUGGAUUGUAUUGGAUGGCCCCGUCGAUGCCAUUUGGAUCGAGAACCUGAAUUCGGUGCUGGAUGACAACCGCACGCUGACGCUGGCCAACGGCGACCGCAUCCCCAUGGCACCCAACUGCAAGAUCGUUUUCGAGCCGCACAACAUCGACAAUGCUUCACCUGCCACCGUGUCACGCAAUGGCAUGGUGUUCAUGAGCUCCUCUGUCCUCGGCUGGAGCCCCAUCCUCGAGGGAUGGCUGAGGAAGCGUUCUCCGCAGGAGGCCGAAGUGCUACGUGAGCUCUUUUCCGGAUCUUUCCCUGAGCUCUACCGCUUCAGUGUGCAGUGUCUGGAUUAUAAGAUGGACAUGCUGGAGGCCUUCAUCAUCAUGCAGUGCAUUAACGUGCUGCAAGGCCUCUUGCAGGUGCCCAAGGAGCAGGGCGGCGAGGUUACGCGUGAGCACAUGGAGCGUCUGUAUAUCUUUGCCCUCAUGUGGAGUGUUGGUGCCCUCCUGGAGCUGGACGAUCGGCGGAAGAUGGAGAGCUGGCUGCGUCGCCAUGACAGCAUUCGUCUGGACCUGCCGGACGUGUCGUCCCGCGGCGAGGACACCAUGUUCGACUACCAUGUCACAUCCGAUGGUCAAUGGGUCCACUGGAGCUCUAGUGUAGAGGAGUACAUCUAUCCACCAGACUCAACGCCAGAUUAUGGCUCCAUCCUGGUGCCCAACGUGGACAACGUUCGCACAGACUUCCUUAUUCACACCAUCAGCAAGCAGGGCAAGGCCGUGCUCUUGAUUGGAGAACAGGGUACUGCUAAGACCGUCAUCAUUAAGCGCUUCUUGUCCAAAUAUGACCCAGAAUCACACAUCACUAAGAACCUCAACUUCUCUUCAGCUACCACUCCACUUAUGUUCCAGCGCUCUGUGGAGAGCUACCUAGACAAGCGGAUGGGUACCACAUAUGGCCCGCCAGCAGGCAAGAAGAUGUCCAUCUUUAUUGAUGACAUCAACAUGCCCAUCAUUAAUGAGUGGGGAGACCAGGUCACGAAUGAGAUUGUACGCCAGAUGAUGGAGCAGAGGGGCUUCUAUAACCUGGAGAAACCUGGCGAGUUCACCAAUGUGGUGGACAUCCAGUUCCUGGCAGCCAUGAUUCACCCGGGUGGAGGACGCAAUGACAUUCCCCAGAGGCUCAAGAGGCAGUUCUCUAUCUUUAACUGCACUUUACCCUCCAACGCCUCUAUCGACAAGAUCUUCGGAGUGAUCGGUACGGGUCACUUCUGCUCCCGUCGUGGUUUCUCCGAGGCUGUGAGGGAUGCCGUUGUGCAUCUCGUACCCCUGACCCGUCGCCUCUGGCAGACCACCAAGCUGAAGAUGCUGCCCACGCCGGCCAACUUUCAUUACAUCUUCAACCUACGUGACCUUUCCCGCAUCUGGCAGGGCAUGCUGAAUGUCACGGCAGACGUGGUCCAUUCACCUAAUGUCCUCCUGCGACUAUGGAAGCAUGAGUGUAAACGUGUAAUUGCCGACCGCUUCACGAGCCCCGAUGAUGUGGCCUGGUUUGACCGGACACUGGCUGACCUGGCACAACAAGAGCUGGGUGUUGACGCCCGCGUGGAUGUGGAAGCUGGACAGGACGCCUACUUUGUGGACUUUCUCCGGGAUGCACCUGAGGCAACAGGGGAGGAACCAGAGGGAACCAACUUCGACAUGCCUAAAGUGUACGAGCCCAUCGUUUCCUUUAGUGACUUGUGCGAGAGACUGAACAUGUUCCUGGACUUGUACAACGAGAGCAUUCGAGGAGCUGGAAUGGACCUGGUGUUCUUCACUGAUGCCAUGGUCCAUCUAGUCAAGGUGUCUCGGAUAAUCCGGACCCCCCGCGGAAAUGCCCUCCUAGUUGGCGUGGGCGGCUCAGGCAAGCAGAGUCUUACGAGACUGGCAUCUUUCAUCGCUGGCUACAAAACUUUUCAGAUCACACUGACACGGUCAUAUAACACUCCUAACCUGAUGGAGGAUCUGAAGGCACUCUACAGGACGGCGGGGCAGCAGGGACGAGGCGUUACCUUUAUCUUCACCGACAAUGAGAUUAAAGACGAGGCCUUCCUCGAGUACAUGAACAAUGUGCUCUCAUCUGGAGAGGUAUCCAACCUUUUCGCACGUGAUGAGAUUGAUGAGAUCCUCAGCGACCUAGUGCCAGUCAUGAAACGAGAGUUUCCCCGGCGACCUCCGACCAACGAGAGCCUGCGUGACUACUUUAUGAGCCGUGUAAGGCAGAACCUGCAUGUGGUGCUAUGCUUUUCGCCAGUGGGAGAAAAGUUCCGCAACAGAGCGUUAAAGUUUCCUGCCCUCAUCUCAGGAUGCACCAUGGACUGGUUCAGCCGAUGGCCUAAGGAUGCCCUUGUUGCAGUCUCCGAGCACUUUCUAUCCACGUACGAUAUCGACUGCUCGCCGCAGGUGAAACAGGAAGUGGUGCAGUGCAUGGGUUCCUUCCAAGAUGGUGUAGCCGAAAAGUGUGUCGAGUAUUUCCAGCGAUAUCGGCGCUCGACCCAUGUCACGCCAAAGUCGUACCUCUCAUUCAUUCAGGGCUACAAGGGCAUCUACAAAGAGAAGCAUUCAGAAGUUCAGACCCUCGCUAACCGGAUGAACACUGGCCUUCAGAAGCUGAAAGAAGCCUCUGAAUCGGUUGCUGCUCUCAGCAAAGAGCUGGAGGUGAAGGAAAAGGAGCUGCAGAUUGCCAACAAAAAGGCUGACAUGGUGCUGAAGGAGGUAACGGUUAAAGCUCAGGCAGCUGAGAAGGUCAAGGUGGAGGUGCAGAAGGUAAAGGACAAAGCUCAGGCCAUCGUGGACAGCAUCUCCGCAGACAAGGCCAUGGCUGAGGAGAAGCUUGAGGCGGCCAAGCCGGCAAUGGAGGAGGCCGAGGCAGCGCUGCAGACAAUCAAGCCAUCGGACAUAGCGACAGUGCGCACUUUGGGCCGCCCCCCUCACCUCAUCAUGCGCAUUAUGGACUGCGUGCUGCUGCUCUUCCAGCGGAGACUGAACUCGGUGAAGGUGGACACUGAGAGGAACUGCACAGCUCCAUCAUGGCAGGAGUCGCUCAAGCUCAUGACCGCCGGGAAUUUCCUGGGAAGUCUGCAGCAAUUCCCUAAAGACACCAUCAACGAGGAAGUAGUGGAGCUGCUCCUCCCGUACUUCGACAUGGCUGACUACAACAUCGAGACAGCGAGGCGAGUGUGUGGAAAUGUGGCAGGCCUCUGCUCCUGGACCAAAGCCAUGGCCUCCUUUUUCUCCAUUAAUAAGGAAGUGCUGCCUUUAAAGGCUAAUUUGGCGGUGCAGGAGAACAGGUUGGCCAUCGCUAAUGCGGACCUGCAGAAAGCUCAGGCCGAGCUGGAUGAAAAGCAAGCUGAGUUGGACGUGGUGCAGGCAGAGUACGAGAAGGCCCUGAUGGAGAAACAGACGUUGCUGGAGGAUGCAGAACGUUGCAGACACAAGAUGCAGACGGCUUCCAGUCUGAUCAGUGGCCUGGCUGGUGAAAAAGCUCGCUGGACCGAACAGAGCAAGGAGUUUGCUGCUCAGACAAAGAGACUCGUCGGAGACGUUUUGCUGGCCACAGCCUUCCUCUCCUACUCCGGCCCAUUCAAUCAAGAGUUUCGCAACCUCCUGCUGGGUGACUGGCAAAAGGAGAUGAGGACACGGCACAUUCCCUUUGGCAUUAACCUGAACCUGACCGAGAUGCUGAUCGACGCACCGACCAUCAGCGAGUGGAACCUGCAGGGCCUCCCUAACGAUGAUCUGUCCAUCCAAAACGGCAUAAUCGUGGCUAAAGCAGCUCGAUUUCCACUGCUUAUCGACCCACAGACGCAGGGCAAGACCUGGAUCAAGAAUAAAGAGGCCAAGAACGAACUUCAGAUCACGUCUCUGAAUCACAAGUACUUCAGGAACCACCUGGAGGACAGCCUGUCUCUGGGGCGCCCUUUGCUGAUAGAGGACGUGGGCGAAGAGCUCGAUCCCGCUCUGGACAAUGUGCUGGAGAAGAACUUCAUUAAGACGGGCACUACAUACAAGGUAAAAGUUGGCGAUAAGGAGGUGGACGUGAUGAACGGGUUCCGACUUUACGUGACGACCAAGUUGCCCAAUCCAGCGUACACUCCGGAGAUCAGCGCCCGCACGGCGAUCAUCGACUUCACAGUCACUAUGCGAGGUCUGGAGGAGCAGCUGCUCGGCCGCGUCAUCCUCACGGAGAAACAGGAGCUGGAGAAGGAGCGCACAGACCUUCUGGAGGAUGUGAUGGCCAACAAGCGCAAGAUGAAGGAGCUGGAGGACAACCUGCUGUUCAGACUGACCAGCACUCAAGGCUCACUUGUAGACGAUGAAAGCCUGAUUUCUGUUUUGGCCAACACUAAGUGCACUGCCGAGGAGGUCACACUGAAGCUCCAGAUUGCUGCUGAAACUGAGGUCCAAAUCAAUGCAGCGCGAGAAGAGUACAGGCCUGUGGCAACCAGAGGUAGCAUCCUGUACUUCCUGAUCACUGAGAUGAGCAUGGUGAACGUGAUGUACCAGACAUCGCUACGCCAAUUUCUUGGCCUGUUUGACUUGUCUUUAGCCAGGUCUUCAAAGAGUCCAAUUACAAGCAAAAGGAUCGCCAACAUCAUUGAGUACAUGACCUAUGAAGUGCACAAGUAUGCAGCCCGGGGCCUGUAUGAGGAGCACAAGUUCCUGUUCACCCUGCUGCUGGCGCUCAAGAUCGACAUGCAGAGCAACCGAGUAAAACACGAAGAGUUCCUGACCUUAAUUAAAGGUGGAGCGUCUCUGGAUCUGAAAGCCUGCCCACCUAAAGCAGCGAAGUGGAUUUUGGAUAUGACGUGGCUUAACCUGGUUGAGCUCAGCAAGCUGUGGCCAUUCUCCGACAUCCUCGAUCAGACUGCCCGUCAUGAGAAGCAGUGGAAGAGCUGGUUUGAUAAGGAAGCCCCAGAGGAGGAGCCGAUCCCCAACGCCUAUGACAAGUCACUGGACUGCUUCAGACGCCUGCUUUUCAUUCGCUCCUGGUGUCCAGACAGAACCAUUGCGCAGGCCCGUAAAUAUAUCACAGACUCUUUGGGGGAGAAGUAUGCCGAGGGUGUGAUUCUGGACCUGGAGAAGACGUGGGAGGAGUCGGACCCCCGUACACCACUCAUCUGCUUUUUGUCUAUGGGCUCGGACCCCACUGACUCCAUCAUCGCCGUGGGGAAGAGGCUCAAGAUCGAGACACGUUACGUCUCCAUGGGUCAGGGACAGGAAGUUCACGCUCGCAAACUGCUGCAGCACUGCAUGGCUAAUGGUGGAUGGGCUCUGCUGCAGAACUGCCAUCUGGGGUUGGACUUCAUGGAUGAGCUGAUGGACACGCUGACAGAGACAGAGAGCAUUCACGAAAGCUUCCGCCUGUGGGCGACCACCGAGGAGCACCGCCACUUCCCCAUCACACUGCUGCAGAUGGCCAUCAAAUUCACCAACGAACCACCACAAGGUCUUAAAGCAGGACUCAAGAGGACCUACGGAGGGAUUAGUCAGGACCUGCUAGAUGUGAGUAAUAUGCCACAGUGGCGGCCGAUGCUGUACGGUGUAGCCUUCCUGCACUCGUCCGUCCAAGAAAGGCGCAAGUACGGCCCGCUGGGUUGGAACAUCCCAUAUGAGUUCAACCAGGCUGACUUCAACGCCACUGUCCAGUUUGUGCAAAACCACCUGGACGACAUGGACAUCAAGAGGGGAGUGUCCUGGAACACAGUGCGUUACAUGAUCGGUGAGAUCCAGUAUGGUGGCAGGGUGACGGACGACUACGACAAGCGCCUGCUGAACACCUUUGCUAAGGUUUGGUUCAGCGAGAAUAUGCUAAGCCCCGACUUCCAGUUCUACAAAGGCUACAGCAUCCCAAAGUGCACCAACGUGGAGCAAUACCUCCAUUACAUACAGGGUCUUCCAGCCUAUGAUACCCCAGAGGUGUUUGGCUUGCAUCCCAAUGCUGACAUCACAUACCAAAGCAAACUAGCCAAAGGCGUGCUCGACACCAUCCUGAGCAUCCAGCCAAAGGACAGCUCCAGUGGUGGUGGGGAGACAAGAGAGGCCGUGGUGGCUCGACUGGCCAAUGACAUGCUGGAGAAACUUCCUCCAGACUACGUGCCCUUCGAGGUGAAGGAGAGGCUGAUUAAAAUGGGUCCCCUGCAGCCAAUGAACAUCUUCCUGCGUCAGGAGAUCGAACGCAUGCAGCGUGUGUUGGUCCUGGUGAGGAACACACUCACGGAGCUCAAGCUGGCCAUCGACGGCACUAUUGUCAUGAGCGAAAAUCUGCGUGACGCGCUUGACUGCAUGUAUGAUGCCCGCGUCCCUGCCCGCUGGGAAAAGGCCUCCUGGGCCUCCAGCACUCUGGGCUUCUGGUUCACUGAGCUUUUGGAGCGAAACCGUCAGUUUCAGGCCUGGAUCUUCGAGGGCCGUCCCAACUGCUUCUGGAUGACAGGCUUCUUCAACCCACAGGGCUUCCUUACAGCCAUGAGACAGGAGAUCACUCGCGCUAACAAAGGCUGGGCCCUGGACCGCAUGGUUCUGUGCAACGAAGUGACCAAGUGGAUGAAGGACGACAUCACGGUGCCACCGCAGGAAGGUGUUUACGUCUAUGGGCUGUAUCUGGAUGGAGCCAGCUGGGACCGCAGGAACUGCAGACUCGUCGACUCCAAGCCCAAAGUCCUGUUCGAAAUGAUGCCAGUAAUCCGGAUGUAUGCCGAGAACAAUGGUGUGAAGGACCCUCGCUUCUACUCCUGCCCCAUUUAUAAGAAGCCCGUGAGGACAGACUUGAACUACAUAGCAGCUGUGGACUUGAAGACAAUUCAGCCACCUGAGUACUGGAUCUUACGAGGUGUAGCUCUACUGUGUGACGUGAAAUAAUGUCGGUCUACUAGAUCUAGCUCUGCUUAUGCACACUACUGAGACAUUGCAGGAGUUCGAGCUGUCAGUACGGCUACAUUAAUGGCUACAGUUGGAGCCAAAAGUCUGAAUUUACUUGUAAGAUCUGAUUAUUUCAUCAGUUUCAUAUA